CACUCCACCGAGCAGCCCCAGCCACCCCCGUUCACGAUUCAUUCCGCCCGUUUGACGGGUCUCUUCUUACUUUUCCACGAACCCCUCUUUUCAUCUUCCCCCAUAUAUCCUUUCUUUCUUUCUUUACCACCCCCCCAAAAAACACAAUUUCAUUUCACAUUUUUUAUACCACUACCUGAGCAGCCAGCUGAAAAUGGGUCAAUCGCAAUCUGCACCAUCUCCCUCCGGGUCAACUCACAAUCGGCCCAUCACUUUAAUAUAUUCAGCAACAGCCUCUGGAUCUGAAGUGAAAAAUAAUAAUAUCAAUUACAUACAUCACGAUGACGCUAUAUCUUACAAUAAUAUACAUAUAGAUAUAGAUGUAGAUUACACGGGUGAAAUACCAGACGAUUGUUUAGCCCUAAUUUUCCAAUUUCUAAAUCCGGGAGACAGGAAGCGUUGUUCCCUCGUUUCCAAGAGGUUUUUGAUCGUAGAAGGCCAAAGCAGACACCGUCUCGCUCUCAACGCCCAAUCCGAAAUCCUUCAAUUCAUCCCUUCUCUUUUCUCCCGUUUCGAUUCCGUCACCAAACUCUCCUUACGUUGCGACCGCAGAUCCGUCAGCCUAAACGACGCCGCUUUGAUUCUCAUCUCUCUCCGCUGCCAAAAUCUCACGCGCCUCAAAAUCCGUGGCUGCCGCGAGGUCACUGAAAUCGGUAUGUCUUCUUUGGGUCUCAACUGUAAAAAAUUAAAGAAAUUCAGCUGUGGAUCUUGUAUGUUUGGUGCUAAAGGCAUCAACGCCUUCUUAGACAACUGUAGCACCCUUGAAGAGCUUUCUGUUAAGCGCUUACGUGGCGUCAACGACGCCGCGUCGCCGGAAUCCGUCGGUCCCGGCGCUGCUGCUGCGACGUUGAAGUCGGUUUACUUGAAGGAGAUUUAUAACGGUCAGUUUUUCGGACCCUUGAUUGCGGGUGCGAAAAAGCUGAAAACUUUGAAGUUGUUGAGGUGUUUGGGGGAUUGGGAUAAGCUGCUUGAAAUGAUUUCGGAUAAUAAUUGUUUGAGUGAAGUUCAUUUGGAAAGGCUUCAGGUCAGUGAUGUGGGCCUUUCCGCCUUGUCGAAUUGUGUGAAUUUGGAGAUAUUGCAUAUUGUCAAGACUCCUGAUUGUAGUAAUGUCGGUGUUGUUUCAAUUGCCGAGAGGUGCAAGUAUUUGAGGAAGCUUCAUAUCGAUGGAUGGAAGACUAAUCGGAUUGGCAACGAGGCUUUGAUUGCAAUUGCUAAACAUAGUGUCAACUUGCAGGAGUUGGUUUUGAUCGGUGUCAAUCCGAAUUCCAUUAGUUUAGAAGCAAUUGCUAUGAAUUGUCAGAAGUUGGAGAGGUUGGCCUUGUGUGGGAGCGAAACGAUUGCAGAUGGGGAGAUUUCUUGUAUUGCGUCCAAAUGUGUUGCGUUGAAGAAGUUGUGUAUUAAGGGGUGUCCUGUAUCCGAUGAAGGGAUCGAGGCUUUUGCUUGGGGAUGUCCUAAUCUGGUUAAGAUUAAGGUCAAGAAGUGUAGAAAUGUGACUGUCGAAGUUGGGGAUUGGCUCAGGGCUAGGAGGGGUUCGCUGGUGGUUAAUUUGGAUGUGUGUGCCGUUGAGGUUGAAACUGUGGAUGCAAGUGCGAGUGAAAGUGGUGGUGCCCAAGACGACGUGGUGGAGUUCCCGCCUGUAGCUGCUGCUCAACCUGAGUCGCUGACUACUAGCGCUAGUGGCCGGGGGUCUGUUUUCAAGACAAGGUUUGGGCUUUUUGGAGGAAGGAGCUUCGUGGCUAGCGUUUUGAGGAGGUGGUCAACUGGCAAUAGCAGUUCCAAUGGUAGCUCAUGACCUGUUAUCUCUCUUUCUAAACUACUGAAUUGAUCAACACUUUUUUUCAAUCACUUUUAAUUGAUGAUACCCAUCCAAUGAUGCUGCUAUUUAUAUGUUUAUUCAACUUUUGUUUUAGUUUUCUGAACUUUUGUUAGACAAUUAACGUAUACAUUGGGUAGUGGCACAUAAUAACUUUUGACCAUAGACAACGGUGCAAUUUGUUGCGCAGUGUACGGUUGUGUGAAACAUACACUUGUUAAUGACCAAAUUAUUUUGUGUACA